AUGUCGUUAUUCGCUUCCGGAGCGCCUCUUGCUCGUCUCUCACUUCUCAUCCGCUCUACCACCAAGUCCUUGUCACGGCCUAACCCCACUACAAUUGCUACCUUGCCUCGGAUCGCUUCCAACAGACAAUUCUUUUCCACUUCGCUGGUUCCCUCUCUGACUCUUCCCUUCCUGGGCUCACGAGUGUCAUGGAAUGUCGUUCAGCAACAGCAAAAGCGAGGGAUGAAAGUGCGGUCAUCGGUCAAGAAGCUGUGUGAGGGCUGUAAGUCUGUUCGCCGAAAGGGUAGAGUCUACAUCAUUUGCGACAAAAACCCUAAGCACAAGCAACGUCAGGACUUGAUCAUUCUCUUGAUGGAGGAAAGCUAUUCUGCCUUUGUUGGGAGAAGAGUUCAUGGAGGAAACUAUUGA